AUGGCUAGGAAUAAGGUCAAACUUGCAUGGAUAGUGAAUGAUGCUGCUAGAAAAUCCAGCUUUAGAAAGAGGAAGGCAUGCUUGUUAAAGAAAAUGAGUGAGAUAAACACCUUAUGCAAUGUUAGCGCCUUUAUCAUUGUUUAUGGCCCUGAUAGUGACGAGCCUACUGUGUGGCCUGAUCGCCCACUGGUUGAACAAUUGGUUGCAAGGUUUCAAAGCAUACCGGAGUUCGAGCGGUGGAAGAAGAUGAUGAGCCAAGAGACUUACCUGAAGGAUAGGGUAGCCAAAAUGCAAGAGCAAAUCAAGAAGAUUUUAAAAAAGAACAAUGAGCUGAACACAAAUGAGAUCUUGUACCAAAGUAUUCAAAAAGGUAAGUCGUUGCUUGCAUUUGAAGAUAGCGAUCUAACUGACUUGGUUUUGUCAUUAGAGGACAGGAUGAAAGAGAUUCGAAAACGAAUCAAUUAUUUUGAGAAACCUAAUCCUAGUCAUUCAGUAGGAAUUCCUCCUGAGGAAAAUGGAGACCAGUCAGAAAACAUGAGCCAAAUUGAAGGCGAUUUUACUGAGUGUUUGUUAUGGUACAAAGAUUUGGGGAAGCAAAUUGGGAACACUAAUGGCCCUACCAGCAGUGUUAGAAGUGACCUAGGGGUACCUUCAACUGCAUAUUUCGGUAGUUUAACUCAUGAAAAUGAGAUGGGGUUGCCCAAUUGGAACUUUGGAGGCAGCAAUUAUGAUGGAAGUGAUUUAGGGUUGGCCAUGCAAAUUGACAACUCUGAAGGUCAAGGGUAUGCUGGAAGUGAUAUGGGGAUGUCUAUGGUGAAUUAUGGAGGCAUUACUAGUGGAAUUGAGAUGGGGUUUGGGAUGUUCCCUUAUAAUGGGAAUAAUGUUGCAGGUAGAACCGAGGAUACUGGAUUGGCUACUGGCGGCAGCAUGGCGGAUAAAAGCGGUGCUGGGAGUCGUAUAGAAUUUCCUCCUGGAUUUUUGGGAGGUAACAAGGAUGGAAGUGAUUCAGGGCUCCAUCCUGGACUAUUUGGAGGUAGCAUUACUGGAAGUGAUGCUGGGCUUCCCUAUGAUGUUAGCAAAAGUUGA